AUGAAUAACACCCAAGGUUCACAAGUUGCUUCUGUUUCUGAGCAGAGUAAUCUUAUCUUGAAUUUUGCAUCUAGCUCAACCUUGGAAGAAAACACCAACAUGAGCAUCAACGAGGAUAUUACUCCUUCCGUUAUCAACGAAAUUGAUGAGCUCAUGUAUGAUAUUGAACAUGAGGAUUCUAUGGAAAAUGAUUUGGCAAUUAUGGAUGUUACUGAAAAUGCCAUUGACGAUACUCCUCCUCAGUUGGUCUAUGACUUUAGUGCUUCUGUUCCUGUUCCUGGCUAUGACGAUACAAAGAAUCUCGAGCUUAUGAAGAUCAUAAAGGAGUUUGGCAUUUCCCAGAAGGCCCACAUUAGUCUGGCAAAACACUUCAAUGAAAUUCUCAGCAGAUCAAGUGAGAUAUUAUACAGAGCUUACACUCCCUACCUUGGUACCAAGCUUCUUUCUCGAUUUCUUGGUGUCGAUGAGGAGACAUAUCACGUUUGCUGCAAUGGGUGUAUGCUGUACAACAAUGAUCAGCAAACGGAGUGCCCACAUUGUGAUGAAGCCUGUUACAAGACCAGCAAGAGAAGCCAAGAUGCUGGUGAGAAUUCAAUUCCUGCCAGCACAAUGAUACAGCUUCCUCUGGAAAGUUUCAAGCACUUUGAUAAGGUAGCCUCAUCCAGCAAAAAAGGGUUAACUGGCCAAUCUCCCUUCUCCUUACUGGAUUCCUUCUCUGAUCCAUUCUUCUUUGCAUUAGAUGAAAUGCACGGCAUUUGUCACAGCAUUGGCAAACAGGUCUGGGGGCUCGUGUGUGGCAAAUCAGGGUACUUCCGGGCUGUGGACUGGGCUGACUUCAUCUUGUUUGUUAUCCCCAUGCUUGUGGCAGAGCAUGUCUGUGACCAAGCUGCCUGUAAGGCAUUGCUUGACCUGGUGCAGACAUGCAACCUACUCAUGAGCUGGGAGCUAUCAGCAGAGGAGAAAACCUUGAUCAAAACAAAUCUUGUCGCAUGGAAUGUGUAUCUGGAAGCCUUGCUAGCUAAAGGAGAGGUCCAGCUCAAGGUCUUUACAAUCAACCAGCACCUCCUGCAGCAUUAUCCCACAAUGAUAGAAGUGUAUGGUCCCCCCAGAGCAUAUACAACAGUAACAGCAACAACUCUUUUUCAGUAUGACAAUCCCUCUGCUGGUUGGCCAGUUGACCGAGAAGGUAGUAAUGUUGGUACUGAUUCUGACAUUGAGUUCUGGGGGCCUUUGAGGAACAGAACAAUUGUUGAUAGUUGUGGAGGCAUUUCUUGUCUUCCAGAGCUUCUUCAAAAGUUCUAUGAACCAAAGGGGGAAGAGUGUAGUAUAAUUGAAGCAGCCAUUAAAACAAGCCGUAAGGCAUUUGUAAAUGGUUGUGUUAUUGACUCUGCACUCGACUAUAAUUGUGUAAGAGAGGCACAUAACGUCAGACUUCAGGUUCAGGUUGAUGAGAACCGCAACAUUGGGCAAAGCUACUCUCCAGUCUACAAGGAUUUCUUUGGGAAAGUCGUCGUUUUCUUUGAGCACAAGCUCAACAACAAGAGGUGGCCACUUGUUCUUGUCAAUGUUUAUGCAGUUCGUUUGGUAAAUAGUAUACCAGCAAUAGACAAUGGGCAAAUGAAGCUAAUGGUAGUUCACCUGGCAGAUAUCAAAGAAUUAGUUGGUUUGGUGAAGUCGGACAUGACUAUAAACACAAUAACAACAUAUGUAGUGUGGCUAGAGCUUAACCGUGGCCCAAAACUGUCACUUGGUUCUCUUGCAGACUUAUAA